AUGCAAUCGGGCGAUGGGUUCUUGGGCCUUGUGAGAUCGUGCCGGGAUCUCGUGGCCGCGGAGGUGAUCCAUUCUCGCAUUGCGUCACUGCUUCCAAUCGCGGACGAUGCCUACCUCGCCAACAAUCUGAUUGAGAUGUAUGGGAAAUGUGGGUCUGUAGAUCGUGCGCGCCAGGUCUUCGAUGCCAUUCGAUCCAAGAACUGCUACUCCUGGUCGAUCCUACUCUGCGCUUACUCCCACAAUGGCUACCUAGCCCAGGCCAAGGAGGUCUUCGAUGCGAUGCCUUGCAAGCACGAUCCCAUCUGCUGGAAUUCGAUGCUGGCGGCCUAUGUGCGGAAUGGGCAUCUGGAGGAUGCCAAGCGCUUCUUCCAAAUCGCCCCAGUGACAAAUCUAAUCUCCUGGAACACGCUUCUAUCUGCAUUUGCCCAGCGUGGAGAUCUGUGGGAAGCGACGAGAAUCUUUCAGGGAAUCCCACUCAGGACGCAAAUCUCAUGGAAUUCCAUGCUUGCAGCGCUUGCCCUAAACAAUGGCCUCCAAAAUACGGUCGAUUUCUUCCACCAGAUGCCCGAGCACGACAUCGUCUCUUUCACAACGCUUCUCGCAGCAUAUGCCCAAGCCGGACACGUGGAAGGCGCGAAGCGCAUAUUCGAUAAGAUGCCCCAACGGAACUACGUGACGUGGAAUGCCAUGCUGACGGCAUAUUCCCAGAACGGGCACCUGGAAGAUGCUCGGAGAUUAUUCGAUGGUCUUGCAGAGCGCGAUCUCUCCUCCUGGAAUGCGAUGAUCACCGCAUACGCGGAGGCAGGGCAAGUGGACGAGGCCAAACAGAUCUUCCAGGCGAUGCCAGUGGUGGAUUUGGCGUCCGCCACUGCGAUGCUGGUGGCAUUCGCGCAGUCCGGCCGGAUCGAUCGAGCCUGGGCUUUGCUUCUCGAGAUGCCGGUCCAAGAUCUCAAGUCCUCCACGGCGAUGAUCGCGGCUCUCGUCCAGGCCGGGCAUCUGAACGAGGCGAAGCGCGAGUUCCAACAAAUGGAGCAGCGUGAUCUCGCUGCUUGGAACACGAUGCUCUCGGCAGAAUCACAGAGUGGGAAUCUGGAAGAGGCGAGGUGCGCGUUUGAGAGUAUGCCCGAGCACAGCACGGUCUCCUUCACGACGAUUCUCUCGGCAUAUGCCCAACAGAGGCAUCCUGAAGAAGCAGCACGGAUCUUUGCACUGAUGCCUGGCCGCGACGUUUCUUCUUGGAACGCAAUUCUAGCAGCAUUUUGCCAUGCCCAGGAGCUUUCCAAGGCGGUAGAAACGUUUUUCGAGAUGCCCGAGAGGGAUCUCCCCAAUGUAAUCUCGUGGAACGCUCUCCUCACUGGCUACGCGUCCAGGGGCCGCUGCUCCAGCGCUUUGGAAUUGCUGGCAAGAAUGAAGAUCGCGGCUGUGUGCCCCGACGAGACGAGCCAUUUGCUGCUUCUCACGGCUUGCGCUCGAAGUGGAGAAGUGGAGAGAGGGAGAUCCUGCUUCGUUUCGAUGGUGAUGGAUUACGAGCUAAAAGCUAGAAAGGAGCAUUACAGCUGCAUGGUGGACGCUCUUAGCAGAGCUGGGCGCUUUGAUCAAGCCCGAGACUUGAUUGCGAGCAUGCCGUUUGUUCCGACAUCUCUGGACUGGACAAGCCUUCUGACGAGCCCCGAAGAAGGUGGGUGCGUUCGCGUUAAAAAGUUUGGAGAAGUCGAGAAAGGAAGAAAAAACUCAAAACCAUGGCACAAUUCCAUAUGUUGA